GUUAAAGAACAUUAAUUAUUAAUUAACAAUCUAAAAUUUAUGAAGUGAAAUGUAUUAAACAGUUGUUUGAAACAUAGCAGGCAUAGCAACAUAUGGUAUUAUCAUAUAACAAGUAAAAAGUUUCGUGACGUGUCGGCAGAGGGCUCAACAAACUUUUUAAUCGAAUCAUCAGGAAAUUAUCCCGUUGGAUUUAAUUGAAUUUGUUUCGGUUUCCGGCGGUCUAAGUUUGGCAUAUUCACCCGGGUAAUCUCUAUCAAGGGAAGCGAGUUUAUUGACUUUAACAUAAUGUAUUAAUCACAUGUGUAGGUCUUUUUCAACAAUUCUAGCGUGUUUUGGCUAAUGAAUAUGUGUUUUAUAAAACUAAGAGAGAAUUUAGGCGUGCAGCGUUGUUAUUUUGUUUCAAUUUUCAUUUAUAAAAUAAAUCUGUUUCAUUUGUAUAGACAACAUGACAAAUAAUUGUCCUUAGAGAUUUAUCAGGGCAACCAGAUACCGACAGUCUAUGAUCAAUGUAGGAGCCACAAUGUAGGUAAUUGGGUCAAACAAGGGUCAAGGCUCGAACAAGGGUUGUGUGACAGAUUAUUCUCUCCCAAGCCUUGGCAAGCUGCUACCUGCACGACCCUUUCUUAAAGUAAUGGUAGAAUUAAUCUGAAAUUAUAAGGUUACGAAAAAAAACACCCCUUUUAAAAUAGUCCGUAGGUAUUAUACAGCAUUCGUAGCAAUAUAGCUACGCCGAAAGUAGAUAAAUCGAAUAACAGCCUAAACUCGGGAGGCUUGCAUCCAAAAAUAGCUCGCGAACAUCGCACGGAUAGCUUUGUUCUUACGGAAAAAAUAAAAUGUUUUACUGGUACUUGUAACGAUAUACAAGCAUCGCUCUAGAGCUCUUCCUCCCUCAAAUACGCUAUUCGUAAACAAAAAUGUAUUAACAUCGACCAAACCCAAUUAAAGUUACGAAAUAAGUGAGCCAAAAGUUUGUAAUCACAUUAUGAUAAUGAUUAACAGGGUGGUGUAUACUUCAUAAGUAUAUUAAAUUGUGAUUCAUAUUUCAGAUUUGUGAGCAAUAAAGACAGAUUUGUUUGUAUGUAGUUUUGACAAGCUGCGCGGUCAGGCUGCGCGCGCACCUCCCCGCCAUCUUGGCUUUCCAUCCCAUCCCAUUUCAAUAGGUGAGGGAGCUCGUAACAGCUGUGAGCGCGAAACACUCGACAUCCCUAUAUUAGGGGUUACUAAUAAAACAAUUGAAUUGAGAAAAUAAGCAAACGGCAUAGUUACAGCCCAUGUCACGGAAUAACAGGCAAACGUUUAAAUCAAGAUAGUGUGGACGAGUAGAACAACCAGCGAGUGUUGCAAAGUCUAGUUAAAAGCGGCAAAAAUCGAUAAAAGAGUAAACCUUGCACCCACUGUUGUUCGUGGUGUGAAUGUAAAAAGAGAUAGCUACACGCAACGUGUCCGCCGCUACACAGCUUGAAGCCGUUCGACCAAUAAAAAUAUAGUAAUAGGCGCCCCCUGACGCCCUUUACUCAAUUUGAUACACGAAGACUGAUAAAAGAUGACUGGGGACGCUAAAUGGCAGAAGGAUGCGGGGGACCAGAACUUCGAUUAUAUGUUCAAACUGCUCAUCAUAGGAAACAGCUCCGUAGGAAAGACUAGUUUCUUAUUCCGUUAUGCGGACGACUCGUUCACUUCAGCCUUUGUGUCUACCGUCGGUAUCGACUUCAAGGUGAAGACUGUCUUCCGUCAUGACAAACGCGUCAAACUACAGAUAUGGGAAUUUCAGGACACGGCAGGGCAGGAGCGCUACCGCACCAUCACCACAGCCUACUACAGAGGCGCCAUGGGAUUCAUUCUGAUGUACGACAUCACCAAUGAGGAGAGCUUCAACAGUGUCCAGGAUUGGGUGACACAGAUCAAGACGUACUCAUGGGACAACGCGCAGGUGAUCCUCGUGGGCAACAAGUGCGAUAUGGAGGAGGAGCGCGUCAUCAGCACCGAGCGCGGCGCACAGCUCGCCGAACAACUCGGCGUCGAGUUCUUUGAAACCAGUGCCAAGGAAAAUAUAUUUGUUAAGGCUGUGUUUGAGCGACUGGUCGAUAUAAUCUGCGACAAAAUGUCUGAGAGCCUGGAUUCUGAGCCCGCCAUGUUAGCGGGCGGGGCGCGCGGCCAACGUCUCACCGAGCAGCCGCAAGGCACCACCAGCAACAACUGUAACUGUUAAUAUAACAAUCCAAACUGUUACCUCAUUUUUUUAAGUUUUAGGAAAUUCUAUUCAACAUUUGUUCACAACGGGGUCUUUUAUUUUAGGCAGUUACUAAAGUUGUAUUUGCGGCAUCCAUUUUCUUUUUAUUCUCGUGAAAAGCGUGAUUGUUCAUAUUGAUAUCGAACCCCGAGUACACUUCUACAGAUAUAAAGUAACUCAAUCAUAUUUUUUUUUAUUAAUUAAAUUCUCUAGUUACUUGUUACGGUUUCAAGCAUAAAUUUUAAUUUUGGUUACUAAAUUGAAUAAUUGUUAAAACAUGUGUAACAAAAAAAAUAUUAUGUAUUAGUAUUAUUAAAUCUAUAGGUGUUAGUUAGCUAUCUACGUAUUGCGAGCUGGAGUAGGGAUCUGAUACUUCUUAUAGCUGUUACUUUAACGAUAUGAAUUUAUGUAUUAUUGACGUAAAUCAGUUAUAUUUAUGUCAUUUUAAAAUCAUUUAGAUAUUAUUUACAUAAAUCAAGAUUUACAACGAGAUAUUUUAAGGUAUACAGUUCAUUGUUGUAUCUGUUAUCGCGCGAUUUGAUUUCACAAAAAUAUAUUUUAUCCGAAAGUACUAUUUGGACCAAAAACAGAUAUUUUACAAAUUUAUUUACAAAAAGUUCAGAAGGCGCAAAUAUGUUUAGUUAAAAUUUAAAUAAUUAAAGUUAAAUAUGUUUUAUUAAGUACGUAGGUGCAUGUUUUCCGCCUCUUACAUUGCUUCAUAUUCUGUGUGGAUGUAUCGCGACUACACGGUAGAGUUGUUACUUCAUUAUUAGUAGAUUAAUUGAUCAAUGUUCGUUGUUAUACUUUGGCGUAAUCUUGGAGCUAAUGUUAUCUUCGGUAUAUAAAAUACCAACCUUUGUGUACGCUUCAAUACCCCUUGGCCUGAAUAUGAAAAUUUAACUAAAUCAGGUAUAAACUAUUACCUAAAGUGUUUGUAAAUACGUUUACCAAAAUGUAUAAAUAAUUGUAUAGUAUUAUAUCUACCUACAUAUAAAUCUGUUUGUAUUCUUGUUACCUCCUAUGCUAUGUUAAUAUAUAACUAUAGGUGUUUAUUUCAAUCACUAUGUUUAGGAGUAAGUAAGGUAGGAACAUUUUCAAGUUUUAGUUGGACGCAUGACCGGGUUGCGUGGACUCACGAGAGACGAGUAACUAUCGAAAGGUUUCAUGGUUGUUGCCCACCAUCGGCAGCACUAUCUAUCUAUCUGUAGACGACAUAGACAAUACGAUUUAUAUCAAAUUCUGUUGAAACAUGAGCACAUUAUUUUUUUAGAAUCUAAUUAUUAGGUAAAUUAGUUAAGAUAUAACGCGUCGGCGGCUGCUCGAUGGAAUAUAAACUAAUAUACGUACACGUUUUAUUAUAUAAUCUAAAUCAGUGACUCGAUGUUCAAUGUUCAUCUCUUCGGAAAGUAAAGGUAUCUAUUUGAAGGUUUACAAGUUUAUGAAGAAUACUUAUGAAGCCAAAUUAAUUAAAUAAUUAUGAAUAUUAUAUAUCGGAAACUACAAUUGUAUUGUUAUAUCUAAGUAAAUAUUUUGAUGGAAUUUGUCCCUAGAUCUCAUAACGUAAUAGAAAGCUUGCCUUCGCUCUUGCUGCGUUUCAUUUUUACAAACUUGAAAAUUAUACUUGAAUUAAAAGAGGCUUUCUUACAAUAAAAUUAACUUAUUUAAUACGAAAAUACUAUCAAAUUAGCUGUCUUUAUAAAAAUAAAUAUAAAAGUCAAUUUGACAAAAUCAAUUAAGAGCAUUUUGAGGACCCAAAGUCACUGGAUAUAGAGUUGUGUUAUUACUAAAGAGAUGUGUAUAAAGGUUAACUAGGACAUGGGAUGCGGAAAAUGUAAGGAUAUUCUUACAUAAGGCAAUGCAAGUCUCCAAUACUGUAGUGCUCUUAAAACUCGCAGAGGUUAUUAUAUAGGAAUAUUACGGGUCAACUUGCGUAAACUUGUGUAGGAAGGAACCAACCCUAUAACACAAAUAUCUAAUUAAAUGUAGAGCAGCAAUGA